AUGUGGCUCUAUCGGGGCGCGCAGUCCGCCGUCUUUUACUACGCGACUUGCACACCAUGUGCUAUGAGCGUCGACCGACGGAAACGCAAGAAGGAUGCCAUACGAAUUCAACGUCUCAAUGAGAAAGUCGCCGCCGAUCUUGUCACCGAUCAACCCCGGCCAUUUCCCCAGCCGACUGCCUUUAGCACCAACGAAGGCUGGACCGAAGAAAUAUCACUAGGACCAGGACCUCCAACUCGUCGCGGUGGCAAUCGCAACAAUGCGAGGACAAACAGCUGGAAUACGGAUCAGAGUUCGCAGCUCAAGAAGGAUAGGACCAGUGGCCUCAUGCAACCUCUCAACGACCGAUGGAAAUCUAUGCGAUACCAGCGUGAAGAUGAACCCCUCUGGGGCCAGGAAGUUCGAGGAUCAUCCAUUGGCUUCUCGGGUCGUGGUCGUACCGAUCAUCAGGAGCCGCCCAAGUAUUAUGCAGCGCGUGUACCCCCUGUCAAUGAUCUACAUCCGCCUAUCGUGAGUGGACCCCGCAGCCGCGCGGAAACUAGAUGGAUGCUCCAGCCACCACCCAGUGCAAAGGUCAUGGCUGGCAAAGAACGAUUCGACAUGACAUCUCCUCGUGAUAGUAUGGGUGGCUUCGACUGGCCAUCCCGCACGAUCAGGGGAGCCGCAAUUCAGGAAGAGGAGCCUGAACAUAUCAGCAAGGAGACUGAAGACGGCACAGUCGAUACCUCUGGAAUGCAGCAACAACUACCUCGCCGACCAUCUCUCUCGCGCGUCCGGACAAGCUUUGAAAGUGAUAUUUGCGACGACUUUGAUCAACAUCGGGACUCUCGAUCUGACUCAAUGUUCUCUGUGGGGGACGAUCAAUCCUUCAGUACUUCAUGGAAGUACCCCGACACGCCUGCGACACGGCCCGCUUCCAACUCCACCGAAGGCAGCAUCAAGGCACCUCGCCCCCAGAUCUCAAAGACGUUGUCCACCCUGAAACGCGGCGAUGGCAACAAGCAUAAGGUCCACCUUUUGCAGUUGGAGAUCAACGAUGACCGAGACGAAUUCGGUGUCGGCCAGCUAGAACGCAUUCGCCCGUGGCGCUGGAGUAUGGACAUAUAA